AUGUCCUUCACAAAGGUAGCCUGCUUUGCCCACACACUCAACAUAGCAGCCCAAAAACUCUAUGGUGUACCUGCUAUUGCAAGGUGGGCAGGAAGAAUCCGGGCCAUGGUGCUGUGGCUGAAGAGAAGCAGCUUAGCUAAGCCUGUUCUCAAAGAGAAACAGCGUCUUCUUGGUCUUCCAGAGCAUGGUGUGAUCCUGGAUGUGAAGAACCGGUGGAACAGCCUCAUGGUGGAGAGAUUCGUGGAGCAGUUUCCUGCCCUCCAAGCAGCCUCCAUGGAUCCUCGCUUGAAAAGAUCAAUGGAGAGGGACAGGCUGGAGAGAAUGAGUGCUGAUGACUUGGCUAAGGCAGAACAGUUUGUCAGAGUUAUGAGGGUCCUUUAUACCUCCACCAUUUGCAUCUCUGCUGAAAAGAGCCCAACUCUUGGUCAGAUUCUUCCCAUCCUUGGUAAACUACAGCACCACUUCACAGUCACAGCUCAAGACUCUGCAUUUACACAGGCCAUCAAGGAGAAGAUCUGGGGUGACCUUUCUCAGCGAUACCAGGGCUGCCAUAUGAUUGUAGUCGAUUAA